AUGUCUUCCAACGAUCCUACGUCCGCCGUGCACCGGGUUCAAUCUGCUACGGAGCAUCCCGAAAUUUAUCCAACCCUAAGCCAUUCGUCGCAAAAUUAUACUGGCGCUCCUUUAGAUCUUUUUCCGGCUCAGGCAGGAACCGAAUCACCGCAUGAGGCUGACAAGACUCAAGGUCAAGGCCAAGGUCAAGGCAAUGGUAUAAACAAUGAACAACCGAGAAGUGCUUCCCAUUCCUCCGCUCGCUUUCCCCAAGACGGACCCGAUUUAGAAAAACAACAAUCCGCAGAAAAGGUAUAUCCCACAGUAGACAAUCCUGAUGAUUUUGUUUUCAAAAUCGACCAAUCCAGUCCAGAUUUCGCUGUCAACUGGUCCACUUCUCGUAAACUAAAAAUUACCGCUAUUUAUUCUUGGGCUGCUCUUUGUUCCACGUUUGCCUCCUCUGUCUUUUCCGGUCCUACAGAAGUUAUCCCUACAAUCUUUCAUAUCACCAUGACGACUUCUCUUUUGGCUAUUAGUUUAUUUAUUUGUGGUUACUGUGUCGGUCCUAUUUGCUGGGGUCCUCUAUCCGAGUUGUACGGCAGAAAGCCUCCUUUGGCUGUUGGUAUGCUUGGUUUUGGUAUUUUCAAUAUCGCUGUGGCUGUCGCAAAAGACAUCCAAACAAUCAUGAUUUGUCGAUUUUUCGGUGGUUUCUUUGCUAGUGCUCCUUUAACCAUCGUCGCCGCUGCUUUUUCAGAUAUGUAUAGCAAUCGCUAUCGUGGUACUGCUAUUACAAUUUUUGCUGCCAUCGUGUUUGAUGGUCCUUUGGUGUCCCCCAUCAUUAGUGGUUUCCUUACCAAGUCCUAUUUAGGUUGGAGAUGGACCGAGUACAUUACUUCGUUUAUGGGUUUCUUUGCCGUUGUUAUUAUCAUAUUAUUUUGUGAUGAGUCUUACGCAAAAAAAAUUGUACAAGCUCAGGCUCAAGAUUAUCGUAUUGCAAACAACAAUCAUUUCGUGCAUGCAAAAAGUGAAGAAGAGGUGUUGACUCCCAAAGAUGUCCUUUUCAACUAUUUGUUGAUUCCAAUUAAAAUGUUGUUUACAGAACCCAUCGUCUUUUUGGUCACUCUUUACUGUUCUUUCGUAUAUGGUAUUUUGUACUUGCUUUUGGAAGCUUAUCCUAUUAUCUUUGCCGAAAAACGCCAUUUCUCAAUGGGUGUUGCUCAACUUCCCUAUAUCGGUUUGUUGGUAGGCGUCUUUAUUGGAAGUGCAAUUAACAUUGCAUUCGAACCUUGGUACUUCCGAAAGGUUAUUGAGCUUGGCGGAAAACCUUUCCCUGAGGGUCGUCUGCCACCUUUGAUUAUUGGUGCUUUCACCUUCCCUGCCGGUAUUUUCUGGAUGGCUUGGUCAGGCAACUAUCCCCACGUUCAUUGGAUUGUUCCCUCUUUGUCUGGUUUGGUUACCGGUUGCGGUAUUUUGUUGAUUUUCUUGAAUUGCAUGAACUAUGUGAUUGACGCUUAUUUAUUCCGUGCUGCCUCUGCGGUUGCUGCAAAUACCAUUAUGCGUAGUGCAGUUGCUGCAGGAUUUCCUUUGUUUGCCAUCCAAAUGUUCCACAACUUAGGAGUUGGAUGGGCCGGUUCUCUUUUGGGAUUCAUUGCCGUUGCCUUGAUUCCAGUGCCUAUUGCUUUUUGGUUCUACGGUAGAAAAAUUCGUUCUUGGAGUAAAAUGGCUGUUGUACUCUAA